AUAAAUAUUAUAAUCGUUGUUUAGUGAACAAAAGUAUAUUACUGCAAAUAAAUAUACAAUUGCAAGAUAUUUCAACGUGUUAUAACAGAUGUGAUGUGUUUAUUUAGGUGCGAUGAUUUAUUUAACUUUUUAUGUUGGCUUUCAAAUUGAAAUAAUAUUAAAAUACUAGUUACUCGGAACUCGGAAGGUAAUACAGUGUAUAGUAUUAUAAUAAUAUAUUAUACAGUCAUUCACAGGAGUCAGGACUGACACAGUGUUUUGAUACAGCAUUACUUAAAAAUUACAAGUUCAUUGCCCCGUGCAUUUGAUACCGUUACCUGAGAAUACAAUAACAUCUGUUAUUGACUAGUUCAGAACAAAAGACUGAAAGAUGUGGUCGCAUUUAGAACGUGGCAGUUCGCCAGUAGAUUGGUGUGAAUCUAACUAUUCCAUUACACCUAUGAUAGCAGAGUUUGUUAAUACUGUAAGCAAUAUUCUCUUCUUCUUACUUCCCCCAGUGUUAAUACACCUAUUUCAAGGCUAUGCAAAGUUCUUUAAUCCCGCAAUUAAUGUCUUGUGGUUGUUGUUGAUGGUGGUUGGGUUAAGUUCUGCCUAUUUUCAUGCUACCUUAAGUUUAGUUGGACAACUUCUGGAUGAGUUAGCAAUACUCUGGGUGUUCAUGGCUGCAUUUGCAACAUUUUUUCCAAAAAGAUAUUUUCCAAGUUUCUUAGGUGGUAAUCGGAGAUUGCUAGCGUUAUAUGCUAGCGUAUUCUCCGUGUUAUCGACGGGAUUUCUCGUGAUGCAUCCGAAAGCCAAUGCUUUCGCUCUGAUGACUCUUGCAGUCCCAGCACUUGUAUUUCUUUGCAAAGAAUUGAAAAGAGUUAAAUGUCCGCGCGUUUACCGUCUUGGUCUGCGAUGCGUUGCUGUGAGUCUUCUGGCAAUGUUCUGCUGGAUCACCGACCGAAUGUUCUGUGACGCCUGGCUUUAUAUAAAUUUUCCAUACCUGCAUGGAGCCUGGCACAUUCUUAUCUUCAUCGCAAGUUAUACAGCCUUAGUUCUUUACGCCUAUUUUAAUGUUUCUGAAGAGAGACCGGAGCAGAAGCCGCAAUUAAAAUACUGGCCGAAAAACGAUUUUGAAUUAGGAAUACCAUAUGUAACAUUAAAACAUCCAUACAAAAAGGAUAAUUUAGCUAUUUAAUUUUUUUUCAUAAACCAUGACUCAUGUGAGUUUAUAGUGAAAUGUUUAUCAGUAUAUUCUAUCUGUGAUGUAUAGUUUUACUAACAGUGAUUGAGUGCAAUUUGUAAUUUUUUAAGAUUUACAAAGAAUUUAUUUUUAAAUGUUUUAUUUAGUCUAAAUCAAUCACAAAAGGUAUACCCUUUUUUUGGUAGCUAGGUACAAAAUUGAUGAAUACAAAAAAAAUGUAAUUUGUUGUACUGACUUAUUUAUAAUUUAUGGUAUAAUAUUAUGUAAAAUGACAUAUUGUGAUGAAAUAAAUUUUAUAAUUUGCUACAAUAUACAUGCAUUUUGUUUACAC